GCAUCUGCUGUUCGCUUUCUCACGCGGGUGUUACAGGACAAUAAAAAUCGAUACAACAGCCUGGUGCUGGUAACCGGAAUAGCAAUCGAUUAGCGCAAAUGGCUGUAUGGGGCUCCCUCAAAAUCACCGGUGGUAAGCAGAUCACCGCUGCUCCAUCAUCGCAAAGUAUGCGAUUUUCCGAAUCACUUGUAGCGGCCUUGGGAAAUCGGAAAUGUAAAUACAAGGAGGUCUCCAAAGACAUGAACCAUUAUAUCAGCAGGGAAGAGGAGGAACAUAAAAUUGCGGCUCCGCCAUUUAGCAUCAACCGCUUGAAGGCCAUGAUCCAGAGAACGAUCCGGGCACAGUUCAUAAUUCGAGAUGAAGAUGGCGAUCUACUCAAAUAUGUCUACAAUCCGGAGAUGAAUUUGGAAUUGUGUCAAAAAAUUGCCAAACUCAUUAAAGAUAAGAUACGUGGAUACAAUUUCGAACGAUACAGAAUUAUCAGCUUGUGUAGUAUUGUAGAGAAAAAUGGACAAGGAGUUAACUAUAAAAUGAAGUACAUUUUAGAUCCAUAUUUGGACAAUUACGUUGAAUAUUGCCAUGAUAUGGCAAAGUUUUGGAUAAUAUCUACUGUGAUUUUAGCACAUAAAGAUUGAUUUCCUACCUCAUAAAUACUAAUAG